AUGUCGUCGUUUCCUUCUCACGUAUUGGGUAAACUUGCCGGUCAAACUCCACUCGUCGAACAAUCAACGAAUAAUAAAAAUUCUGUCGAUUCAUUUAAUGACGAAAAAACAUUGGCACAAGGCAUUGUAGGUCACGGUGCAUCAAUAGUGCAAUCAACAAAUCAAUCAUCAUCAACAAGUCAAACUUCAUCAGCUAGUUCAACAAAUCAAAAACCAAAAGGUAAUAUUUGUCCACGAUGUUCAAAACCUGUUUAUUUUGCUGAAGAAGUUAAAGCUAUUGGACAAUCAUUUCAUAAAUUAUGUUACAGAUGUGCUAAUUGUAAAAAAAGUAUUAAUGGUGCUAAUUUUUCAGAACAUGAUGGCAAUCUUUAUGAUAAUAAUUGUUAUCAACGUUUAUUCGGUCCAAAAGGUGUAGGUUUUGGUGUGGGUGCGGGUACUUUAUCAACAGACUACUGA